AUGCUCCGCCCCCUGAUCUACAUGUGCAUUCUCCUGGCACUGACAGUUACAACAGAACCACCAACAACCACAACACCACCAACUACAACAGAAACACCAACAACCACAACACUGACCACAACAACUGAACCACCAACAACCACAACACCACCAACAACAACAACCACAUCACUGCCAACAACAACUACAACAGAGACACCUACAAACACAACACCACCGACAACAACUAUAACAGAACCACCAACAUCCACAACUGAACUGCCAACAACCACAUCAUCACCAGCAACAACCACAACACCAGCAACAACUACAACAGAACCACCAACAACCACAACACCAAUCACAACAACUGAACCACCAACAACCACAACACCAAUCACAACAACUGAACCACCAACAACCACAACACCAAUCACAACAACUGAACCACCAACAACCACAACAGAACCAUUAACAACCACAUCAUCACCAACAACAGAACCACCAACAAUUACAACAGAAUCACCAACAACCACAACUGAACACAACAGAACCACCUACAACAACAACCACAGCACCAUUGUCAACAACAAUCACAACAGAACUACCAACAACCACAACACCACCAACAACAACCACAAUGGAACCACCAACAACCACAACACCCCCUCCCACAACAACUACAACAGAACCACCAACAACCACAACAACACCACAAACAACCACAACACCACAGCCAACAACAACAACAACAACAGAACCAACAACAACCACAACAACACAUACAAUCUGUACUGUGACUGGCCCCACAGUCAUUGA